CCAGCCUCUGACUGUAACACGGCUCCGAGCCCUCUCUGCUCUCCCCUGUAGUGUAUUUUUCAACCCUUCUUCGGCUGCUUCCCUCCCCCUGUUCCGCCGCCAUUAAAGCCCGUCAACCUGGGAUUUGAUCGGCAAAAAGGAUUAAAAUGAUUUGAAGCGUUGGAACCGGCAACACAGGGACGGGACUUUGGGGGGGGUGGGGGGGGAGAUAUUGUUCAUUGGACCUUACACGUACUGCCAGUUGAACGGCAACCUCCCACAGAAAGAAGUAAAUAUGCGGUUAGUGUCGUGCAAGUGAGAAAAUCCCGACUUUCGGACCGGAGGAGAGGGGUUCUCUCCGUCCGGGAGGGGAAGCAGCAGGACACCGAGGAGUAUGAACACAGCAAAGCAGAGUGCACUGCUUGCUGUGUGACCUCCUUGAGAGCCGAGCUGCCAGUCCCACUGAACGGCUGGAAGCCUCCUCCGGCGGCGGCGCGACGAUGACAGAGCUGGUUGCCAAGUGGGCCUGUGAAUACUGCACAUACGAGAACUGGCCGUCAGCCAUCAAGUGCACCAUGUGCCGCGCUCAGAGGCCCAGCGGGGGUGCCAUCAUUACUGAGGAGCCCUUUAAGAGCAGCCCUGCCCUAGAUGCCAGUCUGCAUCAGUGGAACCCCGCAGACCUCAGCAACAGUCCGUCGCAGGGGGGCUCCAGCCUGCUGAUUUGUCCGGACUCCAGCGCAAGACCCCGCGUCCGCGUCACUGACGUUCCUGAGACGAGUAGCAAGUGGUCGUGUCACAUGUGCACCUACCUGAACUGGCCUCGAGCCAUCCGCUGUACCCAGUGCUUGUGUCAGAGGCAACAGGCUCAACAACAACUGCAGCUGCAACAGCAGCAGCAGCAGCAUGGUCACCAUGCAACUCGUCAAGGACAUCACACCCAGCAGCCACGAAGCCCCACGGAGUCGCCGCAGACCUCGGGCUCCGGAUGCCACCCCGCUGCCCCUGUCACCGUCACAGACCCCUGCGAGGAAUACAACGACCGCAACAGGCUCAACACCCACACGCAGCACUGGACCUGCACUGCAUGCACUUACGAAAACUGGGCCAAGGCACUCAAGUGCGUCGUGUGCGACCAUCCCCGGCCCAACAGCCUGCUUGCCGAACCCAUCAAGCUGGCGUCAGAGCCUGAGAGCCAGCAGCCGUCCCCCAAGCUCAACGAGCAGGACAGGGACAACAGAAGGGGUGUCGUCGGGCAGGGAACUGGGUGCGUGGUGGGGGGAGUGGUGGGCUGCAGCAGCAGCCAGAGGAGGUCUCCUCCAUUUGAAAAACGGGAGUCUGAGGUGAACAUGGACUUUCAGAGAAUCGAACUGGCGUCAGGAGCGGGGAUUGGGAGCAAAGAGGAGCUGGAAGUGGAUUUCAAAAAACUGAAGCAAAUUAAGAACAGGAUGAGAAGGACGGAUUGGCUCUUCCUGAACGCAUGUGUUGGUGUCGUGGAAGGUGACCUGGCAGCGGUGGAAUCUUACAAGACGUCCGGAGGGGACAUAGCGAGGCAGCUGACGUCAGACGAAGUGCGGCUCUUAAACAGACCCUCUGCUUUCGACGACGGCUUCACGCUGGUUCACCUGGCCAUCCGCUUCCAGAGGCAGGACAUGCUGGCAGUCCUGCUCACAGAGGUGUCCCAGCAGGCGGCCAAGUGUAUCCCGGCCAUGGUGUGUCCCGAACUGACGGAGCAGAUCCGCCGCGAGGUGGCGGCCUCUCUUCAUCAGCGCAAGGGCGACUUCACCUGUUACUUCCUCACUGACCUGGUCACCUUUACCCUGCCUGCAGAUAUUGAGGACUUGCCUCCUGCGGUUCAGGAGAAGCUCUUUGACGAGGUGCUGGACCGAGACGUCCAGAAAGAACUCGAAGAAGAGUCUCCCAUCAUCAACUGGUCUCUGGAGCUUGGAACGAGACUGGACAGCCGGCUCUAUGCACUCUGGAACCGCACAGCGGGGGACUGCCUCCUCGACUCGGUGCUGCAGGCCACGUGGGGCAUCUACGACAAGGACUCUGUGCUCCGCAAGACUCUUCACGACAGCUUGCAUGACUGCUCACAUUGGUUUUACAGCCGCUGGAAGGAGUGGGAGUCGUGGUAUUCCCAGAGUUUCGGCUUGCACUUCUCCCUCCGAGAGGAGCAGUGGCAGGAGGACUGGGCCUUCAUCCUGUCGCUCGCCAGUCAGCCAGGAUCCAGCUUGGAGCAGACCCACAUUUUUGUUCUUGCACACAUACUUCGUAGGCCAAUCAUUGUCUACGGAGUGAAGUAUUAUAAAAGUUUCCGUGGCGAAACACUGGGCUACACUCGUUUCCAAGGUGUGUACUUGCCCCUUUUGUGGGAGCAGAGUUUCUGCUGGAAGAGCCCCAUCGCUCUGGGUUACACGCGAGGCCAUUUCUCAGCACUAGUCGCCAUGGAGAACGACGGCUUUGACAAUCGCGGCGCAGGCGCCAACCUCAACACAGACGAUGACGAGACGGUCACGUUCCUGCCCCUGGUCGACAGCGAGAGGAAGCUGCUUCACAUCCACUUCCUGUCGGCACAAGAAAUGGGAAACGAAGAGCAACAGGAGAAGCUCCUUCGAGAGUGGUUGGACUGCUGCGUGACAGAAGGCGGCAUUCUGGUGGCACUGCAGAAAAGCUCCCGUCGCCGCAACCACCCGCUCGUCACUCAGAUGGUGGAGAAGUGGCUGGACGGCUACAGGCAGAUCCGCCCCUGCGCCUCGCUGUCCGACGGCGAGGAGGAGGAGGACGACGAUGACGAGUGACUGAACUGAAGCGGAAGGAGGGAGCGGGUCUGGAGGAGGCAGGACUCCUCCCUCCUCUCUAUUUAUUUUUCUUUUACCUUUCUUUUUUUUUCUGUUUGGUUUUAUUUUGAUUUUCCAUUUUUUAUUAUUCUUUUUUCGACACGGACAAACUGUGAAAGCCUCCAGCAGAGGACAGGGAACCACAACCCUCUCUCUUCCUGUUUCCCCCUCCCUUAUUUCAACCUUUCCCACCUCCAAAGCUACAGAAGACAUGGCUGCUCUUCUGGUACACACAGCCACUCGGACGUAAUUCUUACAGAAACACUUUGAAUUGUUUAAUCAAACCAACUCCAGACUGACAAAGAUGUGGAGCGUUGAGGUUCAGGAAUGCAGAAGACCCUUUGUUUCAAAUGUAACAGAAAAAAAACAAACUAAUCUUUAUCCAUAGAUGUAAAUGCAUGUGGCUGUUAAAAAAAAAUUAAAGGAAAUAUACCAGCAUUUAUUUAAGGUAACACUUUAUAACUAUUCAGCGUGGGCACUGACAAAAGCACACUUCCAACCUGAUCUUUUCAAUGUGUUGUACAGGAGUUUGGCUUGUUAAGCAUUUUUUGUGUGUUUGAACUGACAAGGACAAAGCCAAUAAAUAUGAUCUUCAGAAAACCAGAGAUUAUAUCAUAAUAAACAACUUAUUAUAUAUCCUUAUUAUAAGCAAUGCACCUUUAUGGAAACAUUUCAAAUUAAUUAUCAUUGCUUGAAUAAGAUAUUUUAUGAAGGGAGAUUUGCCCUCUAAGGUUUAGCACAUUAACAUAACAUGUUUGGAUAUUUGGUUUACUUUUUACAGACUGAUUGAACUGAGAAGUUGUGUGUGUGUGUGUGUGUUUGAAUUUAUUCUACAUAUUUAUUGUUUGGAAACUUCUUUGAGCUAAUAAGAGCUUUAUGUAUAUUUUUCUCCAGUUUUAUGAUUUUAUUUUUUUUGGUGAAUUUUGUUAAUUAUUCUCUCAAUCUCGAUGAAGACACUUUUGCACAGAAACACUGUUGCUGUAAAGGAGAGAACCAAUCUUGACAGUGGGAAGUUUACUUACAUCGUUGCAUGGGAUUUAGUACCUCAUCUGAAUGCUUAAAUUCUGGUGCUUUUUGUUUCCGUUUGCGUCGUUUCCUGGACAGAUGAGACGCGUUCAGUGUUAUAACUCUCUCUCGUUUCCGUUUGUUCCUCUCAACGAUUGGUUGUCCAGCUCACACAUGAUGGUACAUGUCAGUUCACCUUCUCUGUAAAGUCUGUUUGUCGACGCCACCCCGUCCACGCCAUUUGUUGUGAGAGAUUGCAACAUCUACAACCAAAGCUGACAUAAAAGAAGAAGAAAAACAUAAGUUGUUAAUCCCUUAAUUUUUUGCUGUGAAUGUUUGCAUUGCUUUUUUCCCCCCCUCUUGCCACUGCGUACUGUAACCUCCUUCGUGUUUCAUUCAUGUCAUACAUGUUUUGAACAUCACCUAUGUGUUGCUUUGUAUUUAUACAAUAGUUGAAGUUGUAACUAUGACGGUUUGUGGAUUUUAGGCCUGACUUCACUAAGCGGAGUGUAAUGCAAAGAAAAGGCAAAAUAUGGAGACAAAAAUACAAAUAAAACCUUUUUGAAUGUCAA